UUCACAUGGCAGCACAGCGAGUUGGUGCUCUCCAGGAUGGAGCAUGCUGGCUGGUGUCCGAGCGAUAUUACCAUGUUAGACAAGCUUUUAACACCAAGUGGCAUGUACUUCGCCAGUCUUCUUCCUCCUAGACUCCGUCAAAAGGACCAUGUCGCAGGAGGUUGCAACCAAGAAUUCUGUAAUGUCUUGAACAUUACAGAAGCUGCCCGGUUAGAUUAUUGUACUGAACACACCAAAGACUGCGACAAAAAUUGUGGUCUCCACUAUGUGAAAGAGGAAGAACUCUGUGAAAUCUUAAGUGAGGAGGGUGCCAUCGCUGUGGUUGAUUUCUUGCCUACAGGGGACGAUCAUCCAAAGCUGCAGGUGUCAGCUGUGACCACUGUAAACAGGAAGCCUUUUGUUGCUAUUUCUCAUGUAUGGGUCGAGGGACUCGGUAACGUUCGGGAUAACGCACUUCCUCGUUGCCAACUUGUUCGAAUUCAAGCGCUGGUCCACCAAGUUUCCGGAGACACUUCAAUGCCAUUUUGGCUGGACACGCUCUGCAUACCGCAAGAUUAUUCCCGUCCCCACUUGCAAGCAUUUCGCAUAAAUGCCAUCAAGAAUAUGAAUCGGGUGUAUGAAAGUUCUUCAGCUGUGCUGGUUCUGGACUCCGAGUUGGGGUCGACAAGUAUUAUGGCGUCGUUGGAGGAACAACUUGUCCGAUUUGCAUGCUCCAGCUGGGUGAGAAGGCUCUGGACUCUGAAUGAAGCUGUCCUCGGCACCAAGGUCAUGUUACAGCUCCAAGACGGAACCAUGGAUCUGUUCGUAGAUAUUCUCCAACGUCUUCCAAACCAUCCAAGGUUCUUCGAGUUGUCUCAAACUCUAUUGACUGAGCUCGCGGAUUUUCCUUGCAGAAUCAGCCUUCUUAGGGGAAAGGAGGAUGCUCCGAGCAUUACCAAGCUUUGGAACGCAUGUCAAUUUCGGAGUACAAGUGAACAUCAGGACGAGGCGAUGUGCCUUGCCAUUCUUCUUGGACAUGAUCCAACGCCAAUCAUUAACGCAGGUGUCGACGAAAAGUGGUGCCUCUUCCUACAAGCACAGAAGACAUUUCCGUUCGAUCUACUGUUCACAAAGGGCCCAAGAGUGGAGCUCGAUAGAUACAGGUGGGCCCCGUCGAGCUUUAUU